CUUGAGCAGCUGCUACCGCUACUCUGCCUUUGGAGAAACACAGCUAGAGAGAGAGAGUGUGGGAAAUGGGGUAUAGUCGUUCAGACGAUAACAAAUGAGGAAGUAGCUUUGCAGUCAGUUGCAAAGGCAAAUCGACUGCGUUAGGUAAUAGAUUACAAAGUGCAGGUGAAAAAGGAACAUCCACUGGAGAUUUUAUUACCAGCAGUUUACGGGACACAGCCAGAUAAUGCUGCCCUGGAGGAAGAAUAAAUUUGAGCUGAUAGAAGAAGAGAAACAGUCGAAGCAGAAGGGUUAUGCCGUGAGUUUGAAUUACUCUGCGCUGACCUCCUUCGCCAAAUCGUGCCCGGAGAGUGCGCUCAAUCGGGUGGGAAGCAUGUUCAAAUCUAAAAGAAAAAAGGUGAAGAUCACCAACGAGGACCCCACGUACACCGUCCUGUAUCUGGGGAACGCCACCACCAUCCAGUCGAAAGGUGAAGGCUGCACCGAUGUUGCCGUGAGCAAGAUCUGGAACAAGAGCGAGAUGGGAAAAAACGGCACCAAGAUGAAACUCACCAUAAGCUCGCAGGGCAUCCGGAUGGUGCACGUGGACGAGAAGGCGAGAAGACCCGGUCAUCUCUACUUGCUGCACCGGAUAACCUACUGCGUCGCCGACCCGAGGCUUCCCAAGAUUUUCGCAUGGAUCUACAGGCAUGAGAUGAAGCACAAGGCGGUGAUGCUCAGAUGCCACGCGGUGCUCGUGUCCAAGCCGGAGAAGGCUAAAGCCAUGGCGCUGCUUCUGUAUCAGACCUCGGCGACCGCCUUGGCGGAGUUCAAACGGCUGAAACGGAGGGACGAUGCGAGACACCAACAGCAGCAGCUAAUAGGGGAGCAAACAAUCCCCCUGGUGCCCAUAAGAAAGCUUCUCAACGGACAGUGUUAUUACAAACCUCCGGUGGAGCGCAGCCGGAGCGCACCUAAACUUGGCUCAAUCACGGAGGACUUGCUCGGGGAAGAGGAGGAGGAGAGAGCCAUGCACUUUGAAUGCGAGGACAUUCUGGAUACCGACAGCAAUUGUUUGGACAAUGGCAAGCGCGAACUUUCUCAGAUAAUUAACGACCUUGGGGAAAUGUGCAUUGGAAACGACGUGCAGACGCUGAAGGCAGACCUGCGGGUUACUCGGCUACUCUCAGGAGAGAGCACGGGCAGCGAGUCUUCUAUAGAGGGAAGCCAGGAGCCCCUUUCCAUUCCCAAUGGCUUCGUAGAAGGCAAAAUGCAGGAAAUUGGCUGACUAUACAGCUGUCUAUUAAAAAAGAAAAAUAGUCAACACUGCCUCUAGAACACUCCUUAUCCUCUUCUCUAACAUUUUGCGUUUGUGUAGUCUGUCACAAGGGGCGUGUACGCCGGUAGUAUCGUGCCUCCUCAACCCAACGACUUGAAAUUAUACUUUGAAGACUAAAAGUUAUGUUACGAUUUCGCGAGAGAGAGAGAGAGAGAGAACAUCUCGCAAAAAAUCUGAAGGGUUGGAAACUUGGCGUGUUUGCGCAUUCGCGAGACAGUACGCUCAUAUGUUUCCUUGACUGGAGAAGGGCACACACUUGCGCACAAAGAAGAUAUCACUGUGUAAGAAGGAUUGCACCGGACCACCGCCUGUUUACCCCCGACCUGUCUCUUGAAGAAAUGCCAAAUUCUUUAUAUAACUGUUCUGAGUAAGAAAAACAUUUGUUUAAAAACCGUUUGUUAUC